AUGGCGUUGACUGGCAGAGCACCGGGUAAUCUGUCGAGUAACACAAAAAUUAACCCCAAGGAACAAGCUAAGGCCACUACAACUCGAAGUGGGGUGCAGCUACCCGAAAUACAUGUCAAGAGACCGAGUGUGAACGGAGAGACAUCACCUCUUGCAGAGGAAGAAACUGUGGAACAGAAUGAACAACCAAAAGAAUCAACUCCAAAGAGAAGUUCAGAUAAUCCACGGGAUAAAGCCACGGCUACAGUCAACCCACACGAGCCUCCAAUUCCAUUUUCCCAGCGGUUGAGGAAAUAUAAAAUGGAGCAGCAGUACAAGAAAUUCCUAAAAGUCUUCAAGAAGCUCCACAUCAAUAUCCCGCUAGCCGAUGCACUAUCCCAGAUGCCCAGCUAUGCAAAUUUUUUGAAGGACAUUCUAUCAAAUAAACGCAAGCUAGAAGACCACGAGACAAUAAUACUUACAGAAGAAUGUAGUGCCAGAAUUCAGAAAAAGCUCCCGCCAAAAUUAAAAGAUCCAGGGAGUUUUACCGUUCCUUGUACUAUUGGUGAAGCAAAGGCGACUACUGUAAAACUGCAGUUGGCUGAUGGGUCACUAGCCCAUCCCAGAGGAAUAAUAGAAGAUGUGCUUAUCAAGGUUGAAAAAUUCAUAUUCCCUGCAAAUUUACUUAUUUUGGACAUGGAGGAAGACAAUGACGUCCCGUUGAUACUCAGUAGACCAUUUUUGGCAAUAGGGAGAGCCUUAAUUGAUGUUCAGAAGGGAUAG